GCGCCGGGCGGCGGGAGCAGCGCCGCGUCCGCACCGGGCCACGCCUGGGGCUGCGAGCGGGGCACCGGCACCGGCACCGGCACCGGAACCCGCACCGCCGGCGCCUCCCGGCCACGCCUGGGCUGAGAGCGGGCACCGGCACCGGAACCGCACCGGGACCAGGAUCCCAGAGCCACGCCUGGGGCUCUGCGAGCGGGGCACCGGGAUCCGCACCAGCACCGGGACCGGGAUCUGCACUUAGGGCCACUAAGCGAGCCGGACACCGGCACCGGGACCGGGACCGGGACCGGGACCUGAACUUCGGAACCACGCCUGGGGCUGCGAGCCGGACACCGGUACCGGGGCCCGCUCCCGCGCCGGGACAGCACAGCCAGCUGCUCCUGCCCACGCCGUGCCAGCCCGGGCAGGUGUCCCCAUGGAGUGACCCCGCGCUGGGUCCCGGCAGGACGGGGGGACGCCGGCUGCCACCGCCGCCAGCAUGAGCGACUUCUGGCACAAGCUGGGCUGCUGCGUGGUGGAGAAGCCCCAGCCCAAGAAGAGGAGGAGACGGAUCGACCGCUCCAUGAUCGGGGAGCCCAUGAACUUCGUGCACCUGACACACAUCGGCUCCGGAGACAUGGCUGCAGGAGAGGGGCUGCCCAUGACCGGUGCUGUCCAGGAGAUGAGGUCCAAGGGCGGCCGGGAGCGACCGUGGAGCAACUCCCGUGUGUUGUAGCGUAUUCCUGGCUUUCUCAGCCCAAACUUGAACUGCCUGACCCUCCCCGCUGGAGGAGACGCCGACCUGGAGUGCCCGAAGCCCGCGGUAUUUAUGCAGCACCAUCCUCACCCAGCUCCCGCUGACUUUGGGGCGUUGUCCCUCUGGAAAAUCCCUCCUUCCCGGAGGCACUGGCUGCUGGCAUGGGGAGGGAGCGGGGACAGCAGCCCCCAGCUCCUGCCCUGCCCGCAAAGGACACAGCCACCACACCCCUGAGACGUGCCAGCAGCUGCCAGGCGCAGCCACAUGUGCCAAAUCCUCCCAGGUUUCCCCUUCUCCCACUCCCCUGUGCCCCACAGGCUGCCUGGUGGUGCCUCAGUUUCCCCAGGGAAUCAGCCACGCUGCAGAGGCAGAUUUGGUGCCUCCCAGAACACCACAGAGGAGCAAAACCAGGAUUAAGCCCUGAUGUUCUGGUGCCAAACCAGAAUUAAACCCAAGGUGUUCUGGUGUCAAACCAGGAUUCGAUGUCAGAGCGGGAUUAAACCCCAACUCCUUGGAGCAAAAGGGGGAUGGAACCCCAAUGUCUGGGUGCCAAAGCAGGCUCAAAGCCCAGUCUCAGUGCCCACAGUGCCUCCAGCCGGCAUCCCCACCGCCGCCAGCUCCCACCCCCCUCCUGUUUUUAGGAUUCCUUCCUGUUUUUAAGCUCCAAAACCCACCUGAGCAGCCUCGGUGGCCUGGGGCAGGACCGUGGUGGGGUCUCCUCCCCCCGGGACUGCCCCCAGGUCUGACCCCACAAGGGCUCCGGAAUUCAGGCGCGGGUGUACAUAGUUUAAUUAGCGCCAGGAUUAAAUAUUAAUUAGUAUUAA